GAAGAAGGAGCCGCUUGCAGGAAGUGGGUUGUUUAUCUUCUUUAGUUGAAUUUUAAAAACAGCUCAACAGAAUGUCUUCGGUUGUUCUUCUGAGAGAGUUCAUCGGUGAAAGACUGAGCGCUGCUGCCUCAGAAAUCUUCUCCGAGUUUGAGAAGACGAUCCUGCGGUACGAAGAAGAGCUCGACCGUCAGCGCAGACUGCUGGAUGUCAGCUGGAAACCUGAGCUGAAGCUGCACAGAGUCGACCUCCAACAGGAACCGGUCCACAAGACAGAGCUGAUCUUCACGAAUCAGCAGCUCUACAACCUGGAGAGGAACUCCAGCUCCAGUCUGGACCUGGAGGAACCAGAACUUCCACAGAUUAAAGAAGAGCCGGCGCUCUGCACCAAUCAGCAUGAAGAUCAGCUCCACCUGAAGCAGGAGACUGAUCCAUUUAUGGUGACCGCUUUGUUUGAAGAACGUGAACCAGAACCAGACAGGGAGCGGCUCAUCUGUGAGAGUUCUGCUGGACCUGAGGACCAGGAUUCAGGGUCAAAGAAGAUGAUUCACAGAAACGUUUGUCACGACCUCCAACAGGAACCGUUCCACAAGAAAGAACUGAUCCUCACAGACCAGCAGCUCUGCAACCAGGAGAGGAACUCCAGCCUGGACCAGGAGGAACCAGAACUUCCACAGAUUAAAGAAGAGCAGGAGUUCUGCACCAAUCAGGAGGAAGAUCAGCUCCAGCUGAAGCAGGAAGCUGAUCCGUUUAUGGUGAUUGCUUUGUAUGAAGAAGGAACUGUAUAA